UGUUCCGGUUUUCUAAACGCGUAAACAGAGGUUUGAAAACAUACAUUUGGCAUUUGCUUCCAAGACAGCAAAGGUAGUUUUUUUCCCCCCCUCUUAGCAAUAGUUGAGAUUUUGGAAAUGCACAGACCGGAUUUCAGACAACCCAGUCCGGGCGGAAUGGGAUCGAGAGGAGGUGGUUUCAGAAGCCCGACAGGAUUCGACAACAGCGCGGUGGGAAUGCAUCCUUCCCCACCGUGGGGAUUUCGUGGUGGUCCCCCUCCGUCUUUUGGACCACCUAGAUUUGGUCAGUUUGAUAGUGCCUCUCCAAAUACUCCUCCGAGAGACUUUGGUGGUAACGGUAAUAGGGGUUAUCACGGUGGAAGUGGGGGUAAAGGAAGAUUUAACAACGGCUCAUCUCCAGCGUAUACACCGCGUAGACAGAAUCCGAGUCCUCGUGGUGCUUCUUACAGAAAUUCUCCAUACAAUUCACAAAGUCCUGGACAACAUAUGGGUUAUCAGGGUUCCCCUCGACAUUCCACUCCGUUUGGGUCGCGUGGUGGCAGAGGCCAGGGGGCACAAGGUGGUGUGGAGAAGUUUUACAACGCUUCUAUGCUGCAGGACCCAUGGGCUAGCCUACAGCCAGUGCCGGUCACAAGUACAACCAGCUCCCAACAGCAAACCACACAUACAGGCAGGCCAGGGAGGUAUUUCAACUAGGACUUUCCCCCCUUCAAACCAUGCAGAUGAGGCCUCAACCCUUUACGUUUCAUAUUUGCCCUGUUCUUUCUUUUGUUUCGGGACUAUUACCAAAAACCAUUGAAGUAUGGUAAAGUUGCCUAUAACACAGACUAUAGUACAGCAGUCUUUGAAGAUGUCAGAGGAUUCACCAGCAAUUGUUAGUGGACACAGACUGUCCACUAUCUGAAGCUCUUUUCCAGCACACCUUGAUCACACCGUUACAUUUUAAACCUGAUCGUGAGACUCUCAAUUUCAGGGCAAAUGGCAGCAUACUAAAACCAAACACAGGGAAUCAAUUAUACUCAAAAUUCUUUGGUGAAUUUUAUUUUAUCCAUUUUGCAGGCUAGUUUAGUACCAUACGUGGUCUGUCUGUGUACCUUUUUAAUCAUAUGUUAACGUUUCCCGUUUUUAACAUUGUGUCAGUAUAAAGUGUCGAUUAGUAGGGGGACCCUUUUUAUUUACUUUUACCCCUCAGAAGUACAGCUGUGAAUCUCUAGGUCCGUAUCCACAAAGCAUAUCCCAGUAGGAAUGCUGAUCUACAAUCUAUUUAGCCUUUUUUUUUUUAUCAUAGUGAAUAAGAUUAUGUGGACAGAUCCUAGAUCAGCACUUCUACUCUGAUGUUUUGUGGAUACGGGCCCUGAUCUCCACAGGUUAGCAUUGCGUUGGAAGAACUGAUUGAUUAGUUGGGUCUAGCCUGUUAUGAUGGACUGUAUACACUUCAGAUUUGUUCUAGGCCUAUUUCUAAUGAUAUUACAUUGUUAAAUGUAUUUUACUGGUAUUUUCAAGAUGGGCAAUAUAAACCAGUGACUGCCUCAGGUUUCUACAUGUGUAAAUAUGUAUUCUAAAGGAUGCUUUUUCUUAUUGUCAAGAAAUAUCAUUUGGAAGUUUGAUGUAAGUGUUUGUAGUAAAUUCAAAAAUGGUAAAACGGUUGUGAUUAGUUUGACUUAAGACAAUUGCUCCGCAGCAUACCACCCUUCCCCUGUGUAGGGUGCAAUCUUUUGGAUGGGGCUGUUAAAUGGUUGUCCUGACUCUCUGGUUAGGUGUUGACCCUGGUGUCCUGGCUAAAUUCCCAACCUAGCCCCAUUCCAUCAAGGCCACUUAAUCAUCCCCCUCAUUUCUAAUUGGCAUAUCACUCCUCACCUGAUGGGUGGUGAGCGUUGGAGGUGGGCAAGGUGAUUUGUUUUUUUCCCCUCGUACUAUGUGAAGUGCUUUGAGUACCUCAGUUGGUAGAAAAGGGUUAAAUAAACCUAAUCCAUUAUUAAUUCAUGAUGGCCAAAGAGUUAGGCCUACUCGAUUAUGUAAAUGCAUGAGUGGCUUCCUUAUAUAAUCUGUUAACUUUAAGUCUCAAUAUAUGAUUUUACAAAUUGACAUGGUGCUUGUCCCUUAUGCAACAGUACUACAUACUUCUGUCUAUGUGUAUAUACACACUCAUGUGAAAAUGUAGUUUACUCUGGUUUGAAAUUUGUAUUAAACAUUGCUUUAACUUUUA